GCCAGCCUUUGGUGGGGGCCUUGCUCAUUUCAAGUGUUAACACAAUCGAGAAGUUUCGAUACGGUUAAAGAAAGAAAGAAUUAACAUGACAAAUCAAGUUAAAGAAAACCAUACUUAAGCAGCACGGACAAGCCGCAAGGAAUGAGAAAAAGUCGACGUUACAUAUCUCCUUGUAGACCAACUGAAUAGGUGACAUGAAAUGACAGAAUAACGACCCUCCCUCCUUCCCUCUUCCCACAGGCAUAGCUCUGUAAAAUGGACCGCAAGCCAAAAGAGGAAUUUGGAUGGGAAAGUGCGGCUGCAUUCUCCCCUUCAAAGAACAGGAGAAUCAGCAAUGACAGAGUCGGGUCCAGCCUUUGGAAGAAAGAGGAUGAGGACCUUUCAGUGGGCCCUGGAAUGCUGGAGGACAUCUGCCUAAAUACAGCCAUGCAUAAGCCAACUCAUUCACCUUCAGAAAAGCUGCGGGCAACUGAAACGGAAGCCCUGGGCUGGACACCCACUAGGAGGACGUCAGGCCAAAGGAAGCCAAGGAAGUCCUACAGAACAGGUGCUGAAGUGACGGUCUCCCCUGCCAAGGUAUCAAACUGUGACAUAUCACCCAUCUUGACAGAAUCUAUUUUAUCCGACAAUAAAGUCCUGCCAUGUGGAAAGAAGAACAAUGACAGGACACCAGAGAGAGAGUUCUUGGAAAAGCCUGAUUGGUCUGAUGUGGAUGAUCCAGUGGAAAUAAAGAAUUUUUCACAGGAUGAGGGCUUUUUCACAAAAUCCCAGUUGAAGAACAGCAGUGAAUAUGAAACCAGUCCUCUACCAUACCUAGCAGCAUGUUUCAAACAUUCUAAUGCAUGUGAUGAUGAAAUCCUGGUGCCACGUAAGCCACCUUCAGAGAUUGCAAUGCAGCUACCUUGUGAAUCCUCUCAAAACCAGUGGAACAGUCCAGAUCAGACAUCGUGUGAAUCCUCUUCAAAUCAGUGGAACAAUGCACUUGAGAUGCCAUCAAAACCAUUUCAAAACCAGAGAAAUAAUAUACUUCAGUCACCUUGUGGAUUCAUUCCACGGCAGUUGAAUAGUGCAUUCCGGAAACCUGACUCCUCUUCACACCACUGGAAUACAGCUGUCCAGUCACCCGUGGAAUUUUCUCAGAGACAGCGGAACAGCGCAGAUCAUAAAUCUCGUGAACCUUCUAUUGUGAUGUGCAGUACUGGAAAUCACAAGUCCCACAGCAGUGAAAUAUCUAAGAGGUCUGAUGUUUUUGCAACACCGGGUUGUACAGUUAAAGCGGGGUCGUCUUUGCCAACUUACAGUUUUCCUUUAUGGAGCCCAGAUUUACUUUCUUCUGGUGAUGAACUUAGAAGCGAUUCAGACUGUAGCCCGAUGCACUUAAAAACCUCAUCGAAUAACAGAACCAGACAAGUGUCUGUGGAAGCACAAUCUAUGUGGGACUCUGACAGUGACCAAAAGGCAAGGCCACUGAGUUUCAUUGACACCCACUGUCAUCUGGACAUGCUGUAUACGAAACUGGGCUUUCGUGGCACAUUUGCUCACUUCCGUAGACUGUACCACAGCUCCUUUUCCUCCAAGUUUGAAGGCUGCAUUGCAGAUUUCUGUAACCCACGCCUCAUGGUGAGGGAGCAGCUCUGGGAACCCCUUCUGAGCGAGGAGCUGGUCUGGGGGGCUUUUGGUUGCCAUCCACAUUUUGCCAAGGAAUACGACAUUAUUGAUGAGCACAGCAUCCUGACCGCUAUGAGACACCCAAAAGCAGUUGCCUUUGGGGAGAUUGGGCUAGACUAUUCAAGCAAAUGCUCCACUACUGUUGGCCAACAGAAGAAGGUGUUUGAGCGCCAGCUGCAUUUGGCUGUACAAAUGAAGAAGCCUCUGGUGAUCCACUGCAGAGAUGCAGAUGAAGAUCUCCUGGAAAUCUUGAAGAGACUUGUACCCAGAGACUACAAAAUACACAGACACUGUUUCACCAACAGCUAUGAUGUCAUUGAGCCCUUUCUCCAGGAGUUCCCCAACAUGUCAGUAGGGUUCACAGCCCUGCUCACCUACCCUAAAGCCGUGGAGGUCAAGGAUGCCAUCAAGAGAAUUCCUCUCCACAGGAUUGUAGUAGAAACGGAUGCACCUUAUUUCCUUCCUUACCAGGUUUCAAAGAGUGUGUGCAGGUACUCUCACCCAGGAAUGGCCAUCCAUACCCUGCAUGAGAUCAGCCGCCUGAAGGGGGAGCUCUUCUCUACUGUCCUUUCUACCCUGAGGCAGACCACUGCUAAGCUAUACGACCUGUGAAUGUGACCCAGUGUGGGCGCCCAUCAACAAUCAGAGGCCACAUUCAUCGUUGAUUCAUCAUUUGAUUACCAAACGAACUCUCUAUUUUACAGUAAGGGUUGCAGUUGUAAGAGGAGUAGUUAGUAUAAAUGACCACAACCUUUGUUUGUUGUAUAAUCAUUUAUCACUAUUUUUAUACCUUAAAACUGCUAAACAAACUGAACAGAGGAAAUUUCUUUGUUUAUGUUAGAGUUUCCGUUAUCUGUUCUGCUCAACACGGAAAUGAUCACCUAAAGGUAUGAAAGGCCUAGUAACAUUGCCCGUGUAAUUCAGGAUUGGUGUGCCAUUUUUUCCCUCAAAAUUAAAUGCUGUACAACGAGAUAUCAGUUCAGCUGAAAUGUAUUGAAUAUUAAUCUGAGCAUGUCUUAUUGUUCUAUUUUUACUGAUUGUUUUACUCCUAUUUUGCUGGUCCUCUGUGUCAAAGUGUUUUUUUAUUUAAGAGACAAGGUGGCAUUGUUGACAUAAUACCAACAUUCUGGGUGAUGGGUGACUUUACUGACAAUGACGGAGUCAUAUACUUUUGUCAUGUGAGUGCUGUAGAUAGUCCUGCAUUAAUGCAUGAAUGUGUGUCUGACUUAAUUGGAUGGAUUCAUAUUUUACCACCUUCUAUCUCUGCCUGUUUAAAUACACUAAAGUAAGUUAGAUUACUGCCUUUCAACUGGGCAUUUUAUGUGCACUUACAGUCAGGAUUUUUUUUUCUGAGUUUUGAAGAUUGAGAAACCUGAAAAAUUAUAUAUUUUUUUUAUUUUUAUGGGACCGCAUUUAAUAAAGUAAAAUCUAAAA